UUUAAAUAUUGAAUUACCACCUUGAAUCAAUCUGGAUAGCUAUUCAAGACUUUUCAAAGUUAACUUAUCUAACAUCAAUUUUGAUCAAUCUGUUUUCUCGGUUGUAUUGGUUUAGUUUAAUUUUAACUUGAAUCAAGACUCGGAUCAUUUGCACAUUUAAUUAUUGAGUUUUAAAAUUUCAUUAAGCCAAUCAAAAAUGAUUAACAGUGAAAUUUUGAUGAUAAUUUUAUUUCUAAAUUAUGUAUCAUCGACAGACAUCGAUAACCAAACAGAGUUCCAAGAAAGAAUUGUUUGGGGCCAAUAUGUUUACACAGCAGGUGCAUAUCCUUACUAUAUGUCACUUCUAUUACCAGAUCGCGAAGAUCAGAAUAAAUAUAUUGCCAACUGUGGUGGGUCGUUGGUAGAAAGCAGAAUGGUGGUAACAGCAGCUCAUUGCCUCAUGAAUCCCUCAGCUAACAAGUUAUAUCGAAUUUUUCCCAACUAUCGAAACACUCCAUUCAUUGAAAAAAAUGAUCUGUUCUUCAAAAUUUCAAGGUAUGUGGUGCAUCCAGAUUUCGAUUUCAAAGUACAGCCAUUUAGUGCACAUGACAUCGCUGUUAUACUGAUGGACCAACCUUAUCCUGGUGUAACUCUUACGAUACCCGCCAAAUCACCUGCCAUUUGUACAGAGACCAAGUUGAUGGGCUUUGGUAUAGAUGAAUACAGUGGGGAUCCAGAUAGAAUGAAAGAGGCGACUGUAUUAACACUCACAGAUAGAGAGUGCUCAAUGUUAUUGUCAAAGUAUGAGUACUCUCCGGGAAACAAUUUUUGUACGAUUAAUAUUCAAGGCUCAGCUGGAUGUGUUGGUGACUCAGGUGGUCCUUUAGUUUGGGAAAAUCCAAAAAAUAAUAAAACCUAUCUUUUUGGAGUUGUAAGUGCCGGACGUGGUCAUCCCUGUCAUCGGAAUCCCGAAACUAUCUUUGUUGAUGUUUCCAAGCAUAAGGAUUUCCUUUCGUCAGCUAUCUAUCAAUUAAAGCGCGAUGAAUUGAGAUCUGAUCAAAUUGAAUAUAUUUAACCUUCAAUGGAUACGAAAUUAUUCAAAUGUAACCAAUGAAAUAACCAAAUUGGAUUGAUUUAUUUUAUCAAUUGAACAUUGAAAUUCCGAUGACUUUGGUGAUUGAAUAAUCAGUUGAUUUUAUUUAAUUUUCCGUGAUUUUUGUUUGUAAAAUAUACAGAAUUAAAAGUAAUAAUAGAUGAAUAACGCGAUUUGUUAUCGAU